AUGGAUAGUCUUCUUAUAUGGAACUCUCGAGGUUUGGCCAACGCGGCCACGAUUCGUUCGGCUCUCAGGCUUGUCAGGGCCCACAAUCCCUCUAUUGUGGCUAUCCUUGAGCGAAUAGCUAGGGAUAGUAGGAGGGUGGGAAUUGGCCUCAAACUCGGUUUUCACUCUUCCUUCUCCAAUGAUGGAGUUAGGGGAAAGAUCUGGAUCCUUUAUAGGGGGCCCCUGUCUGUUUCGGUUAUAGAAAAUUCUAACAAAACCAUCUCUUUAGAUGUUUACUCGCAGGAUCAUUGGGUUAGGUGCAGGGUGACAAUAGUAUACACUAAAUGCUCCAGGUUUGCUAGGAGAACCCUUUGGAAUACUUUGGAGUCUCUUGCUUCUUCCUCCAACGGCCCUUGGGCUGUCGGAGGUGAUUUCAAUGCAGUGGUGGACUCUUCAGAGAGGAUGGGGUAUAGGGAUUUUGAUCUGUUAAGUGCUACUAAGUUCAAAGAUGCUAUUGACAAAGCCGACUUGCUGGACGUGGGGUUUGGGGGAAACCGCUUCACAUGGUGUAACAACCAUGAUGACAGGACGAGAAUGUGA